UGUAGGGUUGUCCCAAGCGCUCCGCUCAGACGCUGGUCGAGGCUGUUGGACGCCGCACGCGCUUCCCUCCCCCAACCCCUUGCCUGCCCGCCCCGGCUGGAUCCGCACUGCCUCUCGGAGCCCAUCGCCCGCCUAGUCUCGCCCGCCCUCGCCAGCUCUUCUUCUUCUUCGCCGCCGCUCCAAACCAAGCUCCGGCCAGGCUACCCUAGAGCGAGCUUUUUCCUAUCGUCGGCGCUUGUUUGCUUGCGUGCUUGCUUGCUUUGCCUCUUUCUCUUCCCCCCCGCACCUCUCCAUCCCCCGCGCCCCGCCACCAUGUCCGAGAUCCUGCCCUACAACGACGACAAAGUGGCCCGCUAUGGCACCGACUCGGAGGUGGGCGACCUCUCCUUCAGCUGCCGCCUCCAGGACACCAACUCCUGGGGCAACCAAUCCAAGCGGCCCCCCAAGUUAGGCCAGAUCGGACGAGCCAAGCGAGUGGUCAUCGAAGACGAUCGAAUAGACGAAGUGCUGAAGGGCAUGGCUGGGAAAUCGCCGUCCGGGGUAUAAAGCGGGCACCGCAGCGCCUCUGCACCAGCUGCAGCGGAUUUCCCCCCGAAUUUUUACAAGCACUUUUGGCUGUGCAUGUUUGUUGGGAUUGUGGACAAACCAGAAAAGCACGGAAGAAGAUGAGGCUGCUGGCGACACCUUCCACCUCCAACGCGACCCCGGCCCGAAGAAGGAACUGAUUUUGGGGAGGGGGGGGACACACCGUCAUCUCUCUCUCUCUCUCUUUCUCUCUCUCCCCCCCUCCUUCCUCCUCCUCCUCCAAGGAGCGCCUGGGGGACGCCGAGACCUUGUCAUCCCAACGUUGUCCCCCCCCACCCACCCACCCACCGUUGCCACACACGGGACGAUGAUGCCCAAGCCCGGAGUUUUCAAACGACCCUUUGAGCAAGAGGCGUCUUUGGGGUGGGGGUGCGGGAGGAAAGGCCGGCCGGGCGGGCUGGCGCUGGGAAUGGUGCUCUUGCGCCUUUGAAGGAGCUGUCCAUUUCAGCACCGUCGGCGCGCCCAACCCUGCUUCCUUUCCCCCCCCUUUUUUUCCCCCCUUUUUUUAAUUUGAUUUAUAUGCCGCCCUUCUCCUGAGACUCAGGGCGGCUUACAAUGCGUUAAGCAAUACAAUUCCUUAACGCGCCUGCAAGAUUGGGGAGCCCCCCAAUCAAGCCCCCCCCCCCCCCGCUUGGAUGCACUGCCUGCGGAACCGUCCACCGCAGCCACAAUUUGGGGCUAUAUUUUGUCUUGUCCUUAGCAUCUUGCCCCUUCUUUCCCCUCUUCCCCCUUCUCUCACUCACACACACACACACAAACAGACACAGACUUCCGGUUCACAACAGCAGCAGUUUGCGUCCCCUCUUGGUCUUGGGUGACCCCCCCCAUGCCACGAUAUGACGGUGCUGAGCCACAGGAUCGCCCCUAGUGCUCUUAAUUUUAUUUUGUUUUUAUUUUGUUUUUAUUUUUUUUUAAAAAAGGGGGGGUCUCCUUUAGCAAUGCACUUUACGCCUUUCACUUUCUGGGGGUGGGGGUGGGGUGGCUGCAUAGCUGACAUCUUGCAUAGGCAUAGAUACCCAGAUAACAAAUACCAGACCCACGCUGUACUCUUCAAUAUAAUAGGUUUCAUCGUGUCUGUAUAAUAGUCCACACUGGUAAACUGCUUCAUUUAGAGUUCACUCCUUGAUCCCUUAUUCCCCCCACCUGUACAAAUAAAUAAUUUUAAAAAUAAAAAUCUGUUUGCAAAAUACCAGCAGUUUGGAAGCAAACUCAAAGCCAGCAGUGCUGAGUGGAAGAAGACAAAAAAUAAAAAGAUUCUGAUAUGGAUGGACUAUAAGUAUAAAAGACAGUGAUUAUUUUGCUGUCCAGAGACAUUUUUGCUCCAUCUUUUAUGCAUGAGCUUCCUGGUCUCGGUGCCACGUCUUGGUGCCACUGGUCAUCCCACUAUGGCACGCUUCUUUUUAACAGAAAACUCUUCAUAUUUGUAUUUUUAUAUCUGAAUAUUUGUUAACAACAAUCUGCUAAUGUCUAAUGUCAAAACGUUGCAUCAAAAGAUUGUUUGUAUUUCUUUUUCCAUAAAUGGAAAGGCAGACCAGAUUUAUAUGGUGGGUUUCUCAUAGGAAGGCAGAGAUAUUGAAAAAAGUUGGCUCUCUUAAUUAUAUCAGUAUUGAACAGGACUUACUGAAUGUGUUUUGCACUCAUUGUUGACAAGAAAUGUAUUUAAUGAAUCUUAUACUGUGGUCAUGGCUUAGUUGAUGGACUUUGACGAAUUUAGAAAAAAAAAAUAUUGCACUGUUUAUGAAUGUGUCCAGAUAACUUGCUGGUUAUAUGAUGCCUCUUUCUUAAAGAGGGGAAUAUUCAGAGCUGUUUUUAAUUUUGUACUUUAGUUUAAUUUAUUUUUUUUAAGAAGCUUAUUGUCUGUUGUGCAUGGAAAAAAAAAAAAGAUCUUUUCAAGAAUAUACAAUGACAUUUUAUGAAGACAAGCAAAAAAAUAAAUAAAAGAAAAAAAAUGUCAUGACAUUCUAAGAAUGACCCAUUGUAAAUUUUAAUGCCAUUUUUCACUGUAUUGGUGAACAAAACUCAAUGAAUAAAUACAUACAUGUAUUAAAAUGGAA